GAUCAGGUACCGUCAGGAUCCAGAACGCCUCGUCCACCUCUGGUCUUUCCGUGUAACCAUGGCCGCCAACGUCACCCCUCAGGGUUGUGGCCCUAACCUGGACUCCCUUUACUACAACCUGUGUGACACCAGCUUGGUGUGGGGCGUCGUGUUGGAGGCCUUUGCGGCGGCGGGCGUCGUCUUCACCUUUGUGCUGUUCAUCUCGCUGCUCGCCAGCAUACCCUUCACGCAGGACAAGAACCGAAGCUCGAUCCCCCUUCACGCCUUCUUCCUCGUCUGCACCGGCGGUCUCUUCUGCCUGACCUUCGCCUUCAUCGUGGGGAAGGACUUCUCCACCUGCGCGUCGCGGCGGUUUCUCUUCGGCGUGCUGUUCGCCGGCUGCUUCGCCUGCCUCCUGAUGCAGAGCGUGCGGCUGAACGUCCUCGUCAGGCUGAACGGCGGGCCCCGGGCUUGGGCGCUGUGCCUGGGGGCGUUGGGGCUGUGGCUGGUGGAGGUGGUCAUCAACACCGAGUGGCUGAUCAUCACGGUGGUGCGGCACCCGCUGGGGCCGAUGAACGCCACCGCAGAAACGAGCCGAGCCACGGCCACGCCGUGCAACAUCGCCAACCAGGACUUUGUCAUGGCGCUGAUCUACGUGAUGAACCUGAUCCUGGCGGUGGUGGUGGCAAGUCUAGCCGCCAUGGGGGGCAAAUACAAGCAGUGGAAAAAGGACGCCGCUUGUAUCUUCCUUGCGAGCUUCCUCUCCGUUGGUAUCUGGGUGGCGUGGAUCGUCAUGUACGUCUAUGGGAACGAAAGAACCGGAGGCCCGACGUGGGACGACCCGACGCUGGCCAUCGCCUUGGUGGCCAAUGCGUGGGUGUUCCUCGUCGUCUACACCAUUCCUGAACUGUGCUGUUUGAGCAGCGACGAGGAGAGCCAGCAGGACGUCGGGGAAGACGUUUACCCGACCAGAGGCGUCGGCUACGAGACGAUCCUGAAGGAACAAAGCUCCCAGAACAUGUUCAUGGAAAACAAGGCGUUCUCGAUGGACGAGCCCAACCAAGCGUCCAAGCCUGUGUCACCGUACAGCGGCUACACGGGUCAGCUGAGGAGUUCAGUGUACCAGCCCACCGAGCUGGCUCUCAUCACCAAAGCAGUGGGAAAUCACCCUCCGGACUCGUCCUUUGACAUGGUCAUUCCCAGAGCGUCCACCAACUCUGCAGCCAACAGCGGGAGCAGCACCCCCUCCACACACACAGACAUCGGGAACGCAGCAUACACUCAGACAAACGGAAAUAGCGGGAACGGUCUGCACAGGACGUCCCAGUGGUGAGCGCGCUGCGUCUUCCUGCACCUCGUCACCAGAGCUUCCCGUGUGUCCCUUCAUUUGCGCUCGCUGACUCUUUGCUUGCUGUUAUGGAUGUGUUCCCUAAGCUGAAUCUAAGAGGGAAGCCUUAGCCCCGGACAUGUGGAGGGUGAAAGCUGGAUCAUCACAGCUGAAAAACGAGCUAAACCAGCCUUUUGAGUGCUUAACUUUUGCAGCAGGGGUAUCAGACAGUGUAGAGCUUCAUUUGGAAGUCAAAGCGCGGGGGAUGAAGCCUCGGCUUUGCUGCACAACAAAGACUUUUUUUUUUGCAAACGUCAACAUUCACUGAGAGCAAAAAACUUUGAGCUCCCGGCUGCACCCGGUCGCACGGAUUAAGAGUGACAGUGCAGGCUGUGCUGAAGAGGAGAGCUGGACGACUGUGAGGAGAGUUUGUUCAAUAUAUUCAUGUGUACACACACAGGCAGAAGAUUGCUACUUCCCCCUGCAAACACUGUAAACAAACUGAAUUACUGUCAUCGCAGCCAUCACUGGAAGAUCCCUCACCUGCAAGGCAACACACGCUGGAUACACUUCAAUUAUAGCUUCAAGUUGAGCUCUAAAUACGAGAGACAUUGUGCACGGUUGAAUAAUAAGAGCCUGUGUGCCUGGAUUGUGAAUAUUCAAUAGUACCCAUGCAGCUCACUUCUAAAUGACGCUAUUUGUGUUAAAUCGAUGUAAAUAUGUUGCUAAUGUGUCAACGUUUGUUCACUGCAUGAAGGCACCGUAUGAAUAUGUAUAUAUGCAUCGCUAAUACUAUUUAAAGCACGACUGUGUGCUGUUCAAUUUUUAUUCAUUUGAACCAAUCAAACAAUAAUUUAGAUGGUUUCACUGCACGUCCUAGAAUGUUUCUUUAUUAACACAAAAUAGGUUAAAGCGCCCCUGAAGUCCCAAAAAGUGACCUUCUUUUGUGUGCACAAUUUUAUUAAAGGAGCCAUAUGUAACUCUGCCCCUAGUGUUUAAAAUGGGUACUGCAGUCCAGAUUCUAAACAUUGUAGAGCGCUGUCUCUCCCCCCUCCUGUGUGAGUCGAUGCUCACACAGGUCACCAUGUGAUGGACACUAGGGGUGCUAACGAGUACUCAGGUACUCAGGCCUUAUGUACGCUAAUGUUAGGCUUUGUUGUUAGAGCAGGUACAUCAUAUACAGAGGCGACAGUCCUCGACACACCGGUCUGUGUCGACGACUCUUAUCAGCUUUUGCAUCUCAAUGUUAUUUUAUGUAAACAAACAAAAAAAAUCAAACAAAUUUCUGACCUUUCAGUAGAUUGACAACCUACUUUACCUUUUGAGCCGAAGCCACCAACCAUCAACUAUCCUUAUGGGACAUUGUGUGAGAGGGGAAAAACAUGGAAACUUAAACUUAAAAAUGUCACUUCAGAUCCAGAAGCUUCUUGGCUUAAAGCGAUUACAUCACCACUGUACAGCCUGAACCAAAGAUAUGCUAUUUGAAGACUGAACCACAUUUCAUCAUGUGAAGAAAUCCCUGUGUCACAUGUUGUCUGUCCAGAGGAGUCACAGUAAAGUUUAUUAAAAUGCCUUCACUUACAUUUCCAUUGAUUGCCGGUCUGCUGCCACUCUCAUUUUUCAGUUAAUAAAUGUUACCUUGUGAUGCUCUGAA